GGUCCUCUGACGCUCAAAGUCCCAGUGGUCGGCGAGUCAGUCCCUUGCCACCUCUUGCUCCCUGACAUUCUCAAUUCCAUUUUGAAUGGCCAGCGCCGACCCAUGGUCAGAGUUUGAAAUUAUCCGGCACAAUGUCAAGUUGAACACAGUCGACAAACUGAAGCAAAUUCUCGCUGGACUGAAUGACGAGUGUGGUGUCUACUUACCGAGGACUGGUAAAAAGCAAGAAAUUAUCGAUCGCAUCGUGUCUACGCUGGAUAACUGGAAGGCACAGAACUACCUGGACAAGUGGGCCAAGGCCCGGGCCAUUUUAUAUCAAGUGCGGACUUUCGGCGUCUAUUCGCCAGCCCGGCCAUCAACUUCGAACGCGUCCCCUCCCACCGCCAACCCCGUACAUGCCAUGAAGCCCCCCCCUUACCCUGCUCACAAUACCCUCCUAAAUGGUCAUUAUGACCCGUAUCCACCUCCUCGAAAACCCUCGGGCUCACUCCCUUCGACAUCUGGCCCUCCUAAGCCUCUCACGUCUAAACCAGUAUUGCGUUUCAAGGAUUCCCCAUUUUUCGAAAUUGACCAACCUGUAUCGUCCGUGGUGGAAUGCCCAGAAUCAAACAGCUCCACGGAUCGUCGGCAGCAGAAUGUCAUGUUCGCCUUGACUAACGAUCAGAUCGCUAAGCUCAAGUCCCACAGCCCGAAAUAUGAACUACGUCUAUAUUGCACCUCAUCGAUAUUUUAUUCUCCUAAUCCCACAUUCCGUACCAACACUGCUCCUUGUCUUAUAGAAUUUCCGCCGACAUGCGAAGUUCGUGUCAAUAACGUACAAGUGACGGCCAGUCUCAAAGGUUUGAAGAAGAAACCGGGAACAGCCCCACCACCUGACUUGGGAAAAUACGUCAGGAUGGGUCCUAGUUCGAACAAAGUCGAGAUGGUAUAUGUGAACAGCCAGCAACCCGUCCAGUCUAAAAAAUUCUAUCUUGUCGUUAUGCUUGUGCGGACUACGCCGGUGGAAUCGCUGGUGGAUAAGCUUGCACAAACGGGCUACACGGAUGCAAAAGAUAUCCAAGCAAAGAUGAAGGCAUCGAUGUCAGACGACGAUGAUAUUAUCGUCGGUCCUCAGAAAAUGUCCUUGAAGUGUCCGUUGAGCUUUAUGAGAGUUCAAACACCUUGUCGGUCUUCUAAAUGCGUGCACCCCCAGUGUUUCGAUGCUACUUCUUGGUUUUCCAUGAUGGAGCAGACGACGACGUGGCUGUGCCCUGUUUGCGAGAAAGUUCUUGAUCACAAAGACCUCAUUAUCGAUGGCUACUUUGAUAGCAUUCUGCAUCAAUGCCCAGACAGUGUAGACGACGUUUUUGUUGAGGCUGACGGUGAAUGGCAUACGGCUGACUCGAAAUAUGGUUCUGCCCCAUGGAAAGCGAAACACCCUCCCGACAAGCCUACUAUUUUAUUGCCACCUCGUAGACCUCUUUCUGCCGUCAAAAGUUUAUCUCUAUCGAACGGCAAACCCCCUGCGGGUCCAGAAGACAAGCCUCGGCGCCAUCCUUCCGAGAUUGUAAUCCUGGAUUCGGACGAUGAAGAUGAAGGCAGGGUUAAGCGCGAGCUCUCUGUUUCGUUUGGAAACUCUUCAAGCCCCUCAUUGCCGGACAGCCAAUCGACCACAGCGCCACCACCUUCGGCAGCUCAGUCGCAAGCUGCUUCAGUUAUCGAUUUGACAUUGGAUGACUCUGACGACGAGAUUAUUCAAAGCAAAACAGCUGGGAAACGAAAGGCAGCAGACGCCGAACUGACAUCGGUGUCGCCGACGGAGCCUAUAUGGAAGAAAGGGCGAACGGAAAAUGACCGGUCCGCGCCUGUACCCCUCACAGCGAUUGAUCGAGACUAUAUUAGGACUGCUCACCAAUCCCCUCAUCAGUAUCAUCCAUCUCCUGUCCACGUCGCAAGCAAUGGCGGCGGUGGGCACUUUGGACCAUUUUACUCGAGUACAGGUCAUCACUCCUCAUCGAUCUUUGGAAACGGGUACUUGGAUCGAGACAGGCUACCGUCCACGUCAGGACACCCGCCAUCAUCUUAUAUCUCGAGGGUAACGGGGAGCUCGAGUAGUAGUCGACCGUGGUCAUGACACUGUACGUAUUAUUGCAUAUCCUACACAUUGACUUAACUUUCCAUCUCUGAUUUUAUUGGUAGCCGUAGUACAUGUAAUGCAAUGGUUUUAAGCCUAAGUAGUGUACGAAGUCCGUUCUACUCGUGCACAAGAGUAAUAAUAAACAACCGUUUGUCGC